GCAUGCGCACUCGACGAGGCAUAGAAACAUGACACACAGCGGACGCUUAACUGGACGCCGCCGCCGAGCCUUUGCAUGAGUGCGGCCAGACAGACAGCAUCGCUCCGUGGACCGGUUCAUGUACGCGUGUCGCUCAUCUCCAAGCAGGAAGACCGCCGGAGAUGAAUGAGGACUGUUUGGGCUUUCAGGCGCAAAUCGCCUCGGUAAUAGAGAUACUCGCCAAUUCGGCGGUGGUGGAAAUCUGCAAGCUGGUGGACGCUGGCUACGCUUCCCUGCGCUCUCAGAUGGACCUGGAGCUCGAAAAGAGCCAGAAGGAGAACGACGUCCUGCGGCAGAGGCUGAAAGAAAUGGAUGUGAAGAUGAGGAACUGCGAGCGGAGGCUGAGGAGGAGCCGUCAGCGGGAGGAAAUGUACGCUGUUCAUCUGAAGCCCCCUGAAGUUUCCAGCAACCAUCAGCCUCUGGUGACGCCUCUUCCUGAAGCCUCUGAAGAUGUCCCAUUUCAUCAUAUUUCACAGCAAGAAGAAACUAAACUGCAGGUGGAGAAGCAGGAGAAAAAGGAGCGAGAGAGCUGCAGCCUGGAUGUUAAGGUGGAGGUCAACAUCAGCACCGACUAUGGUGGCCUCUCUUCUGCCCAGCAUCCAAGUGAGGAAACUCCUCCUGCUGAUCUCAUCAGUGACGCCGGUGCCAGCACCGUAAUGUCCUCCUCCCAGUCUUCUCCCUCGCCCUCUGCUGCCACCAUAGACCUGACCUUCAGGCCUCCAGCAAAGCGAAAGUCCAUAAAACCCUUGUGUAACAGUUUUCCCACCGGCGGUGUUGGGGUGCACAGCCCUGGGUCUGUCUGCAGGGAGUUUACCGAGUGCCUAGCAGGCAGUGAUCUGAAGCCAAACGUGCAGACAGUCGACACUACAGAUGACAACCUUCAUCCUUCAAACCUGGCAGCUGCUGUUAAAUCAGAAGACCCCAGCUCUGACCUUAACCUGGACCUGGAUUUGACCUGGAUGCAGGAACGGGUCAGCCAUCUUGGUGCAGCGUACGCAGUCGCACAGCUGGGUUUGGGGAACACAAGCACGGGACAUGCUUCAUCUUUUCCUUCCCAGGGAGAGGGGGACGCUGUAGAUGCCCCCCUGACCAUCACAGCUGGCACUCAUGAAGUGGCUGCCUUCACCUCCUCCUUUGACAUGGCUGCUGUAGCUGCUGCUGUCAUAGCUGCUCCCCGUCCUGCUCCGCCCUCCCACUGCACGGGUCCUGCCGGGAGGACACCUAGCCACCCACGGCCUCCCAGGAACGCCUCCGCUUUUCCUAAAGAGCUGCUGGUGUGCCCAGUCUGUCGGCUUGUCUUCCCAAGCGCUGCUGCCCUGGAGCAGCACCAGCAGGUGCACACAGGGGAGAGACCGUACACCUGCCCCCACUGUGGAAAAGGGUUCGCCCAGCCUAACAACCUGAGGGUCCACCUUCUGGUCCACACCGGUGAGAGGCGCUAUCGCUGCACACUGUGCGGGAAGAGCUUCAUCUCUUCGAGUCACCUAAAGAGGCACCGGACCGUCCACACGCAGGAGAAGCCCUACAGCUGCUCACGCUGCGGACAGUCCUUCAGCCAAAUGUGUAGCGUCCGGAGGCACCGGCAGCAGUCGCAGUGUGGCAUGUAGACGGAGCGCAGCUGCUGCUUGAUCCACAUGGUUACAGUCCCGUAUGUGCGUGUGUUAGCUGAUCUCCUGCUAGAACAAACGAUAUCAUGAUAUUACUCUGAUAUAUCAUGACACGGGGUUUGUUGUUUUCGGGUCUGUCGUCAAAGUUGUCUCUAGCCGAUUUAUUCUUGUCUUCAGAACCUCUUCCUGUUCAUACUUUGAAAUUGACAACGUGGAGAGAUGACUGACUUACUGGUGUUUAACAAGGUUCCUUCCUGGGUAAAGUAAUCACAAACUAUACAAAUCAUGCCAUUCACAAUAAAAACUUCUCCAAAUGUUG